AUGAAAUAUAUGAGCCUUGAUCAGCGGGGCCAUGUCCUGGCGGAGUAUGUCUGGAUUGAUGCUUCAAGUGGCGUCCGAUCAAAAACAAAGACCCUUAACGGCCCCGUCAAGUCAGUCGAAGAGCUUCCAGAAUGGAAUUUCGACGGCUCGUCUACGGGCCAGGCCCCCGGUGAAAACUCAGACGUUUACCUGCGACCCGUUGCCAUGUACCCAGACCCGUUCCGCCGCGGCGACAAUAUCCUCGUCCUCUGCGAAACCUGGGAUUCGGACGGCUCCCCUAACAAAUUCAACUAUCGCCACGAGGCUUCCAAGCUGAUGCGCACUCACGCCCACGAACAUUUUUGGUUUGGCCUUGAACAGGAAUACACCCUCCUAAGCCCCGAUGGUUGGCCAUACGGCUGGCCCAAGGGUGGUUUCCCUGGAGCUCAGGGCCCAUACUACUGCGGUGUUGGCACUGGCAAAGUCCAUUGCCGUGACAUAGUCGAGUCGCAUUACAAAGCCUGUCUAUACGCUGGUAUCAAAAUCUCUGGUAUCAACGCAGAGGUCAUGCCGGCUCAGUGGGAGUAUCAGGUUGGACCCUGUGAAGGCAUCACCCUUGGAGACCAGCUCUGGAUGUCCCGCUUCCUUCUCUGCCGCGUCGCCGAAGAAUUCGGAGCCAUAAUCUCAUUUGCCCCAAAGCCAAUUCCCGGUGACUGGAACGGAGCUGGCCUGCAUUCCAACGUCUCCACGGAAGCCAUGCGCUCUGAAGGUGGCAUGAAGGUCAUUGAGGCCGCGAUGAAGAAGCUCGAAGCCCGCCACUCAGAACACAUUGCCGUCUACGGUGAGGGUAACGAAGAUCGUCUGACUGGCCGCCAUGAGACGGGUAGCAUUGAUCGAUUCACUUAUGGUGUAGCAGACCGUGGUGGCAGCAUUCGUAUCCCACGCCAGGUCGCGAAGGAUGGCAAGGGAUACUUCGAGGAUCGAAGACCUGCGUCUAAUGCGGAUCCGUAUCAGAUUACCGGGAUUAUUGUUGAAACUCUCUGUGGCGCUUCAUAG